GUUUCCCAUGGCCAGGUCCACCGUGCACCUCGUUCCGCUUCUGAGACCUGUGAGCUCUGUCAUCCUCCGAAUGGAGUCGUAGGCAGAUGAGAUUGUGCCCCCCUUCUGUAUUGCUCCAUUGUCAUUUCUCCUACCCAUCUACUACUAUAUUGUCUACUUGGAGGUCAACAGAUGCCGCAGGACCUCGUUCAUGACGAUCGCAAGGAACCACGACCUGGUGGCGGGCGCAGGCUGCGUGACGGCAUCAAGCUCCCAGCACGCCUCGCGAGGAGGCUCAUCUCGGCAGCCGUACUGUGCACAUGCUGUCUCGUCCUUGGGCAGCUCUUAAACUUGAUCUGGCAAGAGCUCAGUGGUGCGGACCAAGAUGACGGUAGCGCUGCGCUGCGCGACUGGGAACGUUUGGCUCCUGAGGUGGUCCUAUCAAGAAAGACGGGCCAUUCAGUCCUCUUUCAUCGACUGCCGAUUCAGCUGAUGGAGCCGCGACCGGACAUUCCCCAUCAGUACAUCUACUCUGAUAGCGCCCUCAGUCUUGGUGAAGUGACGGUCGUCGACAUCCUAGCUAAUCUGUCAGAGUCUCUCAAGCAGCAGGAGUACUUUUCAGCUUACUACGAGCUGCAGGAGGCUAUCGCCAACCACGUCUCCCCCAACGACGUAGAGGGUCUUUACAAUCUAGAUCGGUACAAAUUUCUACCCCUCAUUGGCGACAUGUAUCGCCGGCACCCAGACGCCAAGUGGUUUGUAUCCGUAGACGGGGACAGCUACGUCUUCUGGUCUACCCUGCUGCGCUUCCUCCUUCACUACGAUCCCGAGGACCACUGGUUCUUUGGUCAGGCCGACAGUCACGAUAUGUGGGGCGCAAACAAUACCGUCUGGGCAAAUGGUGGGGCUGGAUAUGUGCUUAGCAAGGGCAUCAUGGAUAUGACAUACGCCAAGGACCCCUGGGGUUUCGAGAAUCAGUGGGAUGGGGUCAUUGCGUCUACUCCGGGCGGAGACGUGCUGUUGGCACAAGCAAUCUACCGCUCGCCCGGUGUUCGUCUGAACAACACACUCAGUGGAGGAGCGCCAAUGUUCACAUCAGAAAUAGCUGGGCUCCUCUCCUUCACAAAGGAAAAUUGGUACGCACCGCUCAUCACCCUUCACCAUCUGAAACCGUGGGAGACGCAUGACCUUCGCAAGUUCGAAGUGGACCGAUUGGCAGCCCUACAAGGAGAGGAUGGUAUCCGAUACUGCGAUGCCGCCCACGGUCUCGCGCCAGCCUUCCUACAGCACGCUCUUGACGAAUACCUGUCAUCCAACGGGGCCUCUCCGUUCACUGUGCGUAAAGAAGCAUGGCUGUUCUACAGCGACAACUUUGCCUAUCGCGAUCGAGACUAUGCCAAGACCUGGGGUAGGCCCUACGAUGAGCACCUCUGCGAGGCGAUCUGUGACUAUGAAGAGACGUGCCUCUCCUGGCAGUUCACACUAGAGGAGCCGCCGGAGGAGGAGAAGGAGGCAGAGGCAGAGAUGGUCUGUCUGCUCAGUCAAGGGGAGUGGAGAUUUGGAGCCCCAGACCCAAAGGGGAUGAGUGGAUGGCGAGUCGACCGCAUUCUGCACUUCAUGCACGAGUGGGAUUGCGACGACAUGGACGCCCGCAAGCUCGCGGAUGCGACCCGUUUUGCACAGCAUGUUCCCUGAGUUUUCUUCCGUUGCAAUUAUCAAAGGUUGUCCACAU